CUCUGCCUCCCGCUCAGCCGAGGCUGCUGGCCAGCGCCCCUGCCCGCAGCCGGGCCUGGCUCCGCACGCUGCCCGGGGCAAAGAUCGGCGGUGCCCGUGGGCUAGGAGGCGCUUCGUGGCCUCUCGGGUGCGCACAGAGCUGGGCCGAGCCGCCCCUCCUUCCUCCUGUCCGGUUACCUCCGCACAAUGGGCACAGUGUGUGCCUGCGGCUUCCUCGGCGGGAAUUACAGUUGCAUGGGCAGGCACUUUAUCCUUCCUGAUCUCUCCUCUUCCCCCGAGGGUUUGUUUUCCAGCAGGCUGAGUUCAAAAAGGGCACGAGAUACCGCUGGCAAGCAGUCUGGCGCUAAACAAACCUUUUUAGUCAGAAUCACAUGGUUUAGACCCAACUUUCCAUUCACAUGCAGUGCUACCUGCGAGUUUCUCUGAAUUUCACGGUGGCUGGGCUGCUACUGUAAGUGUGAAGGCGGGUGAGAUAGCACCCGAAGCCUGUGACAGAGGUUUCCAGCACAGCUUACUGGGGGUAGGUGUGUGCUGCUGGUGACUCUAGGGGCAUAUCCAGUGCAGACUGCCAGAGCUGCUCUCCUUCAAGGAGAUGCUCUGGCUCUGCCAGACAGCAAUCUGAGAGCUGGCUGCCUAGGAGACUGCCAGAGACACCUUGUCUUCAGCCAGAGGCGAAGUUUGAUGCACAAAGUCCUUGGGCUACUCUGAACAGCACAGCUAGAUUCUGUCCCUGAGUAAGGAGCAUUCUGGCAGAUGCUUUCUCUUCACCCCUUGCCCCCAAACUCUGUCCCGCCAACUGUCAUGUUCCCUUUUGUUCAUCUCCUGCUUGCAGAAAGUGAGUUUGGAGGACAGUUUGAAUAGCAUCAUGCUGCUUUUUUAUGGUAAGUAUGUUGCAAGGGAGCACUGUAGGAUAGGCAGCUUCUCAGAGCAGCAGCAAGUCCAUGGGACUGGGCAAGACUUAAAUUGCCUUGGCUUAUGGUGCCCAUGGUGUGUGUGGCGGCAGGAGGUGAAGGGCUGGGUUCAGGGACAAGCUUCUGUCUUGACUGUGCCCAGAAGGAUCUAGGAGCAACUCUCCUUAGUGCUUACUGCCAGUCUGGGUGCUGAGGGCUUGUGCUGACUGGAAAUCCACUGCCUGUAACUGAGGCCAAAUAGUUCCAACGCUCUGAUGAUGAGGGUGCCGGCUCAGCACUAACGGUAAGAAACGAAGCAAACCAAAAAAAAAAAAAAGCAAAUGUUCUGCCAGCCCAUCUGUGGGUACAGUGCUGAAGUCCAGCUUGCUUGGCUGCCAGUGUCUUGCUCUUUGCUCAGAUCCAUGAGACCAUGCCAUUUCUGGGAAGCCUGACUCCAGGCGCAGCACUGCCACAUAUAAGGCAGUAUAAGGGUAUAAGGCAGCUCAUCCUAAGUAAGCCUCAAAACACGUCUUUCAGAGUGCUGGGGUGACAGGAAGCUCCAAAACUCUCAAGUACAGCUGAGAUGUCUUAUCUGCCCUUCAAGCUGAGAAUCUUUGGUUAGAGGGGGGUCUUCACAGGCACCAGCAGACCGUGCCAACUUCUCCAGCUGUUCCUAGCCACUCCUGCAACAUUGGCAGCCUUCAAAGGCUCUAGAAUGCCAGGGCCAGCCGGACUCGGGUUGCCCACCUGAUCCUUGUUGCCUGUGUCCUGCCAGCGCAUCAUGUUGCGCUCCUGGCGCAUGAAGCUGAAGUUGCUGCUCGCCACAGUGACCCUGGCUAUUCUCCUCUCCUGGCUCUACCUCUUUGUGGGAAGCCUCGAAUAUGGCCGCUUCCUCCUGCUGUCACCCUGUCUGGGCGAGCAGCCGAGCCGGGAUGUGGAGCGGGAGGCGCUGGCUUCACGUGUGCGCAGGGUGGAGGAGGAGAAUCAGCAGCUCCGGCUGCAGCUUGGCCAGGCUCAGGCAGAGGGCAGCGAUGGCAGCCCGCAGUGGGGGGCUUCUGCCGAGGACAGAGACCUCCCUGGGGGCGAGAAGAGCAACCACACGGCCUGUCCCAAGCAGCGGACAGUGCACAAGUGUGAGCUCCUUCAUGUGGCAAUCGUGUGUGCUGGGCACAAUGCGAGCCGGGACGUGGUCACCCUGGUGAAAUCCAUCCUCUUCCACAGGAAAAACCCCCUCCACUUUCACUUCAUCACGGAUUCAGUGGCCCACCAGAUCCUCCAGACGCUCUUCCAGUCCUGGAUGGUGCCGUCCGUCUACGUCAGCUUCUACAAUGCCGAUGACUUGAAGCCAGAGGUGUCAUGGAUCCCCAACAAGCACUACUCUGGCAUCUACGGGCUGAUGAAGCUGACGCUUACCAAGGCACUACCCUCCAACCUCUCCAAGGUCAUUGUCUUGGACACGGACAUCACCUUUGCCACCGACAUUGCUGAGCUCUGGGCUGUCUUUGGAAAGUUUUCUGAAAAGCAGGUGAUUGGGCUGGUGGAGAACCAAAGUGACUGGUACUUAGGCAACCUGUGGAAAAACCACAAACCAUGGCCAGCCCUGGGACGUGGCUUCAACACGGGGGUGAUCCUGCUCCUGCUGGACCGCCUGCGUCGCCUGGGCUGGGAGCAGAUGUGGCGGCUGACAGCAGAGCGGGAGCUCAUGAGCAUGCUCUCCACCUCACUGGCUGAUCAGGAUAUCUUCAAUGCGGUGAUCAAGCAGAACCCAUCCCUGGUGUACCGGCUUCCCUGCUUCUGGAAUGUGCAGCUCUCUGAUCACACCCGCUCAGAGCAGUGCUACACUGAGCUCUCAGAUCUCAAGGUGAUCCACUGGAACUCGCCCAAGAAGCUGCGGGUGAAGAACAAGCACGUGGAGUUCUUCCGUAACCUCUACCUGACUUUCUUGGAGUACGAUGGGAACCUGCUGCGCAGAGAGCUUUUUGGCUGUGCCAGUCUUCCCAGCCCACCCAGGGACCAGUUGCAGCAGGCGCUGGAGGAGUUGGAUGAGGACGAUCCCUGCUAUGACUUCCGCCAGCAGCACCUCAUGCAGCACCGUAUCCACCUGUUCUUCCUGCAGUAUGAGUUCCUGGCCCUUCCCAACCCCACCGAUGUCACCCUCGUGGCCCAGCUCUCCAUGGACAGGUUACAGAUGCUGGAGGCCAUCUGCAAGCACUGGGCAGGCCCCAUCAGCCUGGCGCUGUACAUGUCGGACGCCGAGGCGCAGCAGUUUCUGCGCUACGCCCAGGCCUCAGAGGUGCUGAGCGCCCGCCGCAACGUCGCCUACCACAUUGUCUACAAGGAGGGGCAGUUCUACCCCAUCAACCUGCUGCGCAACGUGGCCUUGGCCAACACGCAGACGCCGUACGUCUUCCUGACGGACAUCGACUUCCUGCCUAUGUAUGGCCUCUACGAUUACCUCAGGAACUCCAUCCAACAGCUGGAGCUGCCCCAGAGGAAGGCAGCUCUCAUUGUGCCAGCAUUUGAGACCCUGCACUACCGUCUGACCUUUCCCAAAUCCAAAGCAGAGCUGCUCUCCAUGCUGGACAUGGGCUCCCUCUACACCUUCAGGUACCACGUGUGGCCAAAAGGCCACGCCCCAACGGACUACGCCAAAUGGCGGACGGCCACCGUGCCCUACCGCGUGGCAUGGCAGCCAGACUUUGAGCCUUACGUUGUAGUGAGGCGAGACUGCCCCAAGUAUGACCAGAGGUUUGUCGGCUUCGGCUGGAACAAAGUCUCCCACAUCAUGGAGCUGGAUGCGCAGGAGUAUGAGCUGCUGGUCCUGCCCAACGCCUUCAUGAUCCACAUGCCCCAUGCCCCCAGCUUCGACAUCUCCAAGUUCCGCCUGAGCGCAGGGUACCGGGGCUGCCUCCAGACGCUGCGGGAGGAGUUCCACCAGGACCUGUCACGGCGAUACGGGGCUGCUGCACUCAAAUACCUCACUGCCGAGAGAAGCCUGUGACGCCUGGGGACAGUGGGUGCGGGGUACAAGCAGCACACUGGAGAAGGGAGCACGCAGGGCCUCCCUCCUGCCUCUGCCCACCGCCGCAGCCCAGCCCGAGGG